AUGGGUUCUGGUGCCUCUUCAGAAGUUGCGGACGCACCUCCCCCCUCAUCUGCCGGCCAGAUGUCAAUUUCACCACAAGAGCUGGAUGAUGCAGAUAUUUCAAGCUGGAAAGGGCCCAUCUUUUCUGAAGAGGAGAGAAGCUGUUUGUCCAGCAUGGUUGGCUAUAUGGUGCACGCCACAAGUGGGUCUGCCGAACACAAGAUUCCUCUUCGACACAUUCCCGCCACAAGUGAAGGAAAUCGUGUGGCUCUUUGCCUUCAUGGUUACGGGGAGGACCGUUGCAUGGCGUUGUGGAGCCACUUUUGGAUGCCUAUGUUGAGCAAAGGCUUUCACGUGGUGGCUUUGGACUGGCCGGGCUUUGGGCGAGCCAGUGGAAAGCCCGGUGUGACACGGGUUUGGUCCGAAUUCGAUGGGGAGCUGCUACUGAAGCUGCUGGCGUGCCUGCAGGUGGCCGAGGCAAGUGUUUCUGUUUUUGCAGAAGGCAUUGGUGCUUGCGCGUUUCUACGUGCUUACGCUCAAGACCCUACCCUUUUUGCCUCGCACCAUGUGCUGGUGAACGUGCAAAUCGGGGACAUCCCGCAAGGCCUCCAAGAGAAUCUUGAAGCAAGAGGGGCCGGAGUACUUUUAUGUGGUUGUGAGAAGUUUUAUCCUGAGCAACCGCCUUGGCUACUGGCCGGUCUUAAUCAGAUCACGCAAAUGCUCAUGGACCCAAGUGCCAUGGGUCUGCUGGGCACAUUUGUUCUAUGGAAAGUCACGGGUGCCAAUGGCCCGACACCUUUCAAGUCCAUGCGGGACGGAUGCUGGUGGAGAGGCAGCCUGGAAAAAUCAGCUCUGACACAGUCUGGCCGCGCUUUGAUUUUCACCGCCACAGCUGAAUGUUUUGCGGAGGUUUUGGAGUACGUUCUGGCGCCUCCACGAGUAGUUUCCAAGGCCAAGGAGUUAUUGUUGGGCCCAGAAAUGACAGCCAUAGAGAUGGGAGAGAUCAAUGACACGUUUUCUGUUUUUGUUCGGAUUAGGCCGCUGUUGGAGCGAGAACGCAAGGCCGGGUCAGAGAACUGCUUGGUUGUCUCUGACACAGACUUCCCCCGAGAUCCGCCCCCACAGCGUAUUGUGGUACAAGCCACUGAUUCCGCCAUGAAGGGCAACUAUGUGUUCAAUAGGGUUUUUCAAGAGUCAACGAGCCAAGCGGCGAUCUACCAUGCGACCGCGCAGCCUUAUGUACAAGAUUUUUUGUCUGGAACAAACGUGACGAUUUUCGCAUAUGGGCAAACAGGAUCCGGGAAGACAUACACGAUUGCUGGCCCAACAGAUGAUCCGGGCAUCACAAGCCGAUGUUUGAUGGAUAUUUUCCUUGGGUUGCCGGCCGACAGAGAGUUGCAUUACGAGUAUGUGCAGUUGUACCUGGACGAACCAUGGUUGUAA